AUAGAAGCCAUGAAGCCUCAAAGUCUACCAAGACAAGCUUGCAAGCACAUCUUACCUCUUCUCAUCAGCUAUUUUAGCAUUUGCACGGUAUAUAUUUUGCUACAUGGAUAGAGUAACAGACUUGGCAUCUAAGAAAGCUGCAGUGAUCUUCACCAAGAGUUCAUGUUGCAUGUGCCACAGUAUCAAGGCACUAUUUUACGAACUUGGAGCAAGUCCUGCUAUUCAUGAGGUUGAUCAUGAUGCAGAUAUGGAGUGGGCCCUGAAACGCCUUGGUUGUAAUCCUUCCCUCCCAGCAGUGUUCAUAGGUGGUAAAUAUGUAGGCUCAGCCAGAGAUGUCAUUUCCCUUCAUGUUGAUGGAUCGCUGAAACAAAAGCUUAUUGAAGCAAGAGCUAUCUGGUUCUAGCUUAGUUGUACCAUAAACAUUUAAAAAAAAAAAAAAGUAGUAUGUAUGUCAGUUUGUGUUAUAGUAAGAUAAUCAAGUAGCAAAGACAUGCAUCAUGUUAGAAUAACAUGAAUGUUCAGUGUACUUACUAAGAGCUGCUCUUUUUUGCGUGCUCUCUUGACUGACUGUACAUAAAGGAGUCACCCUUUGUUAAUUUUGACUUCCUGGUCUUCAAGAUACAUACUUUAUUGUAA